AUGAGAAAUCAGAUAGACCUGCUGGCCACUGUCACAGUUUUAGGAGUCCUGGAGCAAGCCUAUUUUGUGCUGCAGGUGAUCUACGCCCGGCGGAAGUACAAGAUCUCCCCUCCUGAGACAACAGGUCACCCCGAAUUUGAGCGGAUCUUCAGAGCUCAGGUGAAUUGCUCAGAGUACUUCCCGAUCUUCGUCUCGCUCCUCUGGGUUGCUGGAAUCUUCUUCCAUCAAGGUGUGGCCGCAGCGUGUGGGCUGCUGUACCUCUACACCCGCUACAAGUACUUCCAGGGAUACGCCAUGGCUGCGCAGGGACGGUUGGGCCCGCUCUACGCCAGCGCCCGGCUGCUCUGGCUGCUGCUGGGGCUGGCAGUGGCCGGGCUCCUGGCACACUUCCUGCUGCCCAGGUCCUUCACAUGGACGACAGUGCUGGCACGGCCCCUCCAGCUGCUCAGCGCCCGGUGA